GGGCGCCGCUGCGGUGAGGUGUCGGUGGGGAGAGCAGAGGACGGAGGCUGCGGGGUCACGGAUGCUGGAGGAAAUUUAGCUCUCCAGAAAUAACGAAAGGCGGCUAAGUUUUGUUCAGAAUGCACCCAUAAUCCACCGACUUCAUCCGCGGAGGGGGGGACACAUCUGACCUUCUGAAAUAAGCUUUGCCAUUUUCUAUUCCUGGAGAGCUUGAUGCGCCUGUAUUUGCCAAGAUGAUCGGGAGAGGAUUGUUCAUUUUGACAGCAUUAACCAGCUGCGUUCUGUCAUUGCCAGUGACUUCAAGUCACUUGGAGAAUGAAGACGUCAAGGUGAUGAAAUGCAUCGUGGAGGCGCUGACAGACGUGUUAUCAAGGCCACACUCCUUGCCCAUCAGUCAGGACUGUCUGGUCAAAAUGAAAACAGAUGACAGGCUUGUUACUAUCCUUCGCCAUCAUAACUUUCUGAAGGAGCUGCAGCACAUCGCUGUUCAAGGUGACCAAGAGCGUGCUGAGCUGCAAGGUGACACUGUGGUCUCGGAUCACGUGACCCAUAUUCCUCAAACCACAGAUCCAGUUCCGGAUCAAUCUAUGCUGGAUGCUUUGGGUGGACCGGGUGAAAGAUCUAUCCUGGACCAGAAGCGGAAGACAGGGAAUGAAGAUGGAGGGGAAGAAGAAGAGGAGAGAAUGAAUUAUGAGGAGUCACAGGAGCGCGGUGAGAGAGAGAGAGGUGGGACGGAGGAAGAGAAGAGGGAAAAAGGCUCCAUGACUAACUGGGGUGAGGGCAAAGCUGAAAAGAGGGAGGAAGGAGAAGAUGAAGAAAGGCGAGCAAACUCAGAGGAGACAGCUGAGGAGGGAUAUGAGGAGGAAAACAUGACUAAGGAAAAGAAAGGUGAUGAAUCUGAUGAAGAGAGAGAUGCACCUCAAGCCAAAUCAGAGGAGACAAAAUUCCCUAAAGAAAAUAAGGAAGAAAGUGGGGAGGGGCUGGAGAAGAAGCGCUCGCCAUUUUUCUCACACGAUGACACACAAGAGGAGAGGGAACAAGAGGAGGAUGAAGGGGAGAUGAAGAGAGGGAGUAGAGAUAGCCUGAAGCGAUGGAGCAAGAGGGCCAAGAGCUUGCCGGCAAAGAAGAGAGCGGGAGAAAAGGAGGUGCAGCCGCUCGGCGGGGAGCAGGAAGUGCCUCAUCACUCCAAGGAGGCGGUGGCCGAGGAGGAGGACAAGAGCAGAGGAGAAACACGGAGGAGUCCGGAGGAGAAGGAGCUGCAGAUGAUCGCUCGCAGGACGCCUGAGGAGAGGAGGGUGAUGGAGGAGGAGGGCAGCGCUAGCCGAAAGCCAGAGGAGCCAGAGAUUGAGAGUCUGGCAGCCAUCGAGUCGGAGCUUGAAAGCGUUGCCCAGAAACUCCACGAGCUGAGGCGAGGCUGAGAAGAGACCGAUACACAGAUGACACCACAACCUCUUCUGCCUCCUCCUCCUCCUCCUCCUCCUCCUCCUCCUCCUCUUCCUCCUCCUCCUCCUCUUUACCAGCUGCCUCUGUUUUCCACGGACAGUGUGUGAAUAUGAGAAAAGGUUUUAUUUCUUGAGGAAGCCCGCUCGCGCCACACUGCUGUGCAGCCUCCCUUGCAACAUUUUGUCGCUCACGUACAUUAGCAUAGAUGCACACUGCAGCUAGACAUGCAUACUAACAAGCAGACACACACACAUGUUCUCUGCACUCAUAUGUAACAUGCACAACACAUGUAUGCGCGCGCACACACACAAACACCGCAAUGGGACUACUUCUCUGAUCCUAAAGGGUAACAACUUGUUUUCCUUCCUUUCCUCCCCCUCUCUCUCCCUCUCUCUGCUUUAGUGUAAUAAUGUAUCUUGCCUGCUUUUCAAAUAAUUUUAGCACUGCACAUUGACGUAUGUGAAAAGUAAAGGCAGUUACCAUUAUAUACCAACUGAAAAGGCGGGGUUGUACAGUAAUUUCAUGUAAACAUGUACAAAGCUACUGACUCUUUCUGGGAUAGCUCUGCUUGAUUAUUAUAAGAUAUACUUGAAAUUGAUCAAGCCACGGCAAUAAGUGGACAUUUUUAAUAGACAAAUGGCUGGAUUGUAAUCUAAACCUGUGUGGAAUUUAUGUAAGAAAACAAAUAAAUUGGUUAGUUAAUCUGAACAUUUUCAUCUGAUAAAUCUUUUGGGGCCUCUAAAGUCUAAUUAAUAUUAGCACAAUGACAUGCAAUAAACUCGACGUACCAACAUUG